AUGAGCACGCCCUUUACAUUCGGCAUCGAGAUAGAACUCGCAGUUGCUCUCCUCGUCGAGGGACAAGACAAUCCCGACCCGUCCGAGACCCGAACACAAACCGACAACCCGAACGACCUCAGCAAAUCGAUCAGGAAUGGAAAAUUCCAAGCGCCUACCGCUGUCAUUUACUACCGUCCGAGGGUGCAAUUAAAGUUCAUCAGGGUGAUGGAGGAAGCAGGCUUCCAAGUCAACCCGUUCGAUACUAGUCGUCAAGAAACCACAAAAUGGACCGUUGUAGGUGAUAUCUCAAUUCAUCAUCCUCCCCAGAGCCCUAUCCCCGGAGAGAGCGUUGAAACUGAUGAGUACAGUUGGAUCGGCGUCGAGAUCAAGUCACCUGCUCUCUUGAUGACUCAGGACUCGCUCGACGAAGUGCAAAAGCUGUGUCUGCUCCUGCCCACACACUUCAAGCUCAUCACCAACUCCACGUGUGGCUUGCACGUUCAUGUCGGACAUGGGCAGAAAGGCUUUACGACGAGCAAUGUGACGAGGAUCAUCGCCUUCCUGUACGCGUUCGAGCCGCAGCUCGACACGCUCCAUCCUCUCCAUCGGUAUAACAACGCCUACGCCAAGUCCAUGCGAGACCGAUGCAACUUCGUCCGCCAGUUCCAGGAGCAGUUCAGCGAGGAGCCGACAACGCUCGCGGUCAUCACCAAGAUUCUCUCGCUCCAUAAGGGGAAAAGCCCGCGGCAUUUCCGGCGCGCAUUGACAAGGCUGGUGCAGAUCGACGGCAAUGGAAAAAACGGUGCGUACAACUUCAACGGCGUAUCUGACAACCCUGAUAGAGUCCCCGAGGACCGCCCAACGAUCGAGUUCCGCCAGCAUGAAGGCACGCUCGACGGAGUCCGCAUCGCAGCAUGGAUCAGAGCCCUCACCGGCCUCCUGGACUUCGUCGAAAGCGAAGACUACGACUCCCUCGUCGACCUGCUAACCACCGUCUCGCUAGCCGAGAAGUGGACUAAGCGUGGCGACGGCAAAGACACCGAGAGGGAAGCCGAGAUGGGCCCAGCGCUCGCCGACGGUCCCUUCACCAUCAUCGAGCUCUUCCAGCACUGCGGCAUGGACCACGCCGCCACGUACUACGGCGACAAGGUUUACAAGCACAAUAUACCCCCGCGAAGAGUGUUUAAUGACCAGAACACGGGCCCGUACAAGUGGACCUGUACGUCGGGCUUCAACCGCCUCAGCGGGGAGGAGAAGGAAAGCUACCGCAAUAGGAGGCGGCACUUUUAUAAGCUGCAGGUGGUUAAGAGCGCUGCGAAGCUGGCCGGCGACGAGUGGAGCUUCGACGAGGACGAUAAAGAUCGGUGGCCUGAGCAUCAGAGAAAAGUGGAUUGGGACAGUGGCAGUGGCAGUGGCAGUGGCAGUGGCAGUAGCACGACCGACGACUAG